AUGUGGACAGACCUUUCAUCCAGAUUAAUAGACACUGCCAAAUCGACACUAGGCUUGACAAGGGAAGAUGACAAGACAAGAUACAAAAAAUUCAAGAGAUUAACUACAAAGGCGGUGGCUGGGGCCAAAUCUAUGGCAUACGAUGACAUGUAUGAAGAACUACAUAGCAAAGAAGGGCAAAAUAAAAUAUACAGAUUAGCCAAACAGCGAGAAAAGAAUUCUAGGGAUAUAAACGGAGCUCCGAAAGUUAUCAAAAACAAAGAUGGGAAAUUGAUAAUAAAGGAAAAAGAAAUAAUGAAUAGAUGA